AGUCCCAAUCCGUCUCUCUGUGUGUGUUAGUUAGGAACGUACCGGUGCUACUCCUAGCUGGUAGUAACACAGACAUUUUUGCCUGCCUUGCCAUGCCCUAACACCGGUUUUCUUCCCUUCGUUCCUUAUUCUUCUCUCUUCCUUUUUUAUAUUGUAUAUUCCAAUUUACCCCAAAUUCUACUAUUCCAAAAUCCCUACCCCUUCAGCCACUCCAUGACAAGAAAAAGAAGUUGACAACGUUACCAAAGUUUACAAAGUGGUCACGCCAGUGUAGUGGACAGAGGAUAUUUCUUAAUUGGAUCUGUGACAAUUAUCACAGAAUUGUCAUACCGGACGAUUGUCCAGGCGCAGCUCAGUUUCUGGGAGCCUACUUUGCCUAGUGCGUGCUGGAAUUAGUGCGGGUUCAUUGUCAUCGUGUGGACGUGUUUCGCGGUUUUACUCUCUCGUCUCUCCCAACCUCCUCUCUUCUAUUCCUAAAUACUAGUUUUUACCUUUCUUUCCCUACUUUUCCCUCACUCUCCUCGUCUUUCGCACAAAAUACGAAAGUGAAGAAAAAGAGAGUAGAUUUUCUUACGAUUUCCGCACGGAUGGACGCCCGCCGUCGGUGAUAGUGAACCAUUUCUCUUCCCUCCACAUACAUCCUCAGUUUCUCAAGUCGCCAGCGCCUCAGUUUCCUUUCCAGCUCGUAUUUUUAAUCUUGAAUAUUUUUCUUCGGACUGCGAAUAUUCUCGCUUUUGGAAACUGAGGUAUCGAUGUACCUCGAUGAAGGUGGAUAGUGAUUGAUUGAUAAUUCGUGGAUUUUAAGUGCACCUUGGAAGGAGUUGUGCUUAAUGUUAGUUAGCCGAAGUCGUGCUUAAUGUUCGGGUUUGGUGCCGGUGCUGUUGCCGUCGACCCCGUCGCCGCUAAUCAGUUUUCCGUUGUGUCGCGCGACGAGAAAACGCGCGAGGAGGCGCUAUCGAGAUCGCGAAGCGUCGACGCGUUACCACCACGCGCUCGACUCUCGUUGAGGUUCAAGAGACAAGGGCUGCCGUGAGAACGGCGCCGUCGUCGUGCUCCACGACGAAGAAUAUUCAGAUAUGCCCUAGGAUACGCUGAACGCCGCCAGCUACGAGAACAAAGUUGGUUUGGCCGCUGGAGGCGCGAAGCUGCCAGCAAGGAAUCACAUAGCCCGCGCACGUGAAUAUGAGCAUGACUUUCGUACGGAACGGCUUCAGAGGGUGCAGCGAGGACGAGACAGGUGCGGACGCGGAAGUGGGCGGUUGCGUGGAUGGCACGGCCAGUGGUGGCGGAGGCGGCGGAGAAGGAGGUUCGGCUAAACAGGGUGAAAGGUGCCCCCAGUGCGGUAUCCUCUUUCGGAAUUUACACGUACUGCAGCUCCAUCUCGAGGACGUCCACAAGACGACUUACGCCAUCGAUAAGCACGACCUCGGCGCUCAGUUCUCUCAAGUCUCUUGCAAAGUAUGUAGUAAAAAUUUUGCCAACGUCUACCGACUACAAAGGCACAUGAUCAGCCACGACGAGAGUGCAGUACUUCGAAAAUUUAAAUGUCCCCACUGCGAAAAGGCCUUCAAAUUCAAACAUCACCUCAAGGAGCAUCUUCGCAUUCACAGUGGAGAGAAGCCAUUCCAAUGCAUCAACUGCGGUAAACGAUUCUCGCACUCGGGGUCCUAUUCAAGUCACAUGACCUCGAAGAAAUGUCUGAUAGUGAAUCUAAAGAAGUCGAGACAAGGAUCAAUCAGUAAUGUAGAUAGAGGACCGAGAAAGACUCAGCCGUCGUUGCAAAAUCGUCGCGACGUCGACAUGAUAGCUGCAAACAACAAUACCUUUAUGCCUAUUCUGCCCAAGCUGUCGCCUUCUGACUAUCACGAUAUUCACAGUGAAGGGGGAGGUAUGUACGAUGUGCCUACGAUGCUUCCGCAGAUGAUGGGAUUCGGAAGUUACUUUCUGCAGUCAUCUCUGAGAAAAUUCUUGAACCAGCUGCACACAAAGAGACGAGACGAUUUAUCCGAACACUAUGAAUCUCACAUAGAUGUGAUGAGUCCCUCGACGGCGGAUUCCGAGGGAACCGAAGGAACUGAGGGUAAAGAAUCCCCAGCAACAGCUGAAUCCCAAGGUCUCGACGCCGUUCGACGUAUUCUCGAAACCGUCAAUACCUCUGUCACGAAACAACUUUUAGAAGCUAAUGUUAGGAAAUUAUCGUCAUCUCCUGCCACCAUCAAGCGAGAAUAUGAUGAAGACUAUCAGGAUCAAGAUAGCGAGAUCUCGAGUGAAAUGAUCCACUACCCUGAUUGGCCAACGACAGACCAAUGCGACUCGCAGAGCGAGGGUUUAGCAGCGAAGCUGGAAGAGAUCAAUCCAAAGCCAAGCAUCAGACAAGGGUUGAAAAGGAAAGCUGAAGUUGAUUCUUCGGAAGCGGAUUCUGAGGAUGAAGAUGAGACGAGCCAACCUCAGAGCGAAAGUGGGAGAAGGGUCAGAGCUAGAUCGCUGAUCGACGACGAACAAUUGGCCGUUCUAAAGGGCUACUAUGCCAUCAACCCUCGACCCAAGAAGGAGGAAAUCAUCAUGAUCGCGAACUACAUCAAAUUUCCUACUCGCGUUGUCCAGGUGUGGUUCCAAAAUUCUAGAGCGAGGGAUCGCAGGGAAUCGAAGAUUCCAGCUCUCCUUCCAUUGGCGAAUGCUGGCACUCAACCAAUGAAUGAUCAGCCACUUGAUCUCUCGAAAAAAGAACUGACAAUGUCCGUGAUAAAAGACAGCGAUACCUCGAGUAGGAACACAGCUUCUCCCUGUGGACCAAAAGAGGAUGUUGUAGCAAUACCAGCAACGAAUCCGGAACCCGAUGAUCUCGAAGACUCCCCUCUUGUUAUAGAUGAAGAAACCACGGAUUCCGCAGAGGUCAGGCAGACUCUGGCCAACGAUGUUUUACCUAAGAGUAUAAAUCAAACACCAGUGAAAAUCGAAGUUGACAGAACGAUAAUUCAGCAAGAGAUACCUCCAACAACCGAGAUGGAACAAGAAGGCAUAUACUUUUGUAAUCAGUGCGACAAAACCUUCUCAAAACAUAGUUCUCUUGCAAGACAUAAGUACGAACAUUCCGGACAAAGGCCCUACAAGUGCCAGGAGUGCCCAAAGGCGUUCAAGCACAAGCAUCACCUGACUGAGCACAAACGGCUGCACAGUGGCGAAAAGCCCUUCCAGUGUUCCAAGUGCCUCAAGCGCUUUUCUCAUUCUGGCUCCUACAGCCAACACAUGAACCACCGGUACUCUUACUGCAAACCUUACAGAGAAUAGGAGUACCAAAUCGCUCUCAAAAACGAGGCCCACCCACUUAGCUAAGUACGUACGGACCUUCUUUUACGCGUCACCGGUUAGCGAAAGGUAAUUUUCAAAUGGAACGAAACAAGGGAAAGAAAAAACAACAAAUAAAGAAAGAAAACUUCGUCGCCGGACACACGCAUCACUUUGUUCAGGAUUUAGCAUUUAAGUUUGAAUUUUAUAAGCACCUCGCAAAUCCU